AUGCAAGAGAAGGAUCAGCUCUCCCCCCCUGCCUUCUCAGCAGAUCCCCCUUCGAAUCCACCCCCCGAAAAUCGUCGUUAUUCUGAUGUUGAAGAUGGGGAUCCGCAAGACGACCUACACGACGACGAGGAUGAGAGGAACCAUCUCCGCAUCACAACAAGCUAUGUCGAAGGUCCAGAUCAUAUCAACAACCAUCAAUCUCAUUCCCCUAUGUCUGCAAUGGCCCAGAGAGAGCAAUCGCGCCGCCUCGACGAUGAUCUUACCAUGCUACGAGCCGAGCGGAUGGUCUCCAAUGCAGAGUCAAACAUGGAUAGCUUAGGAGAGUCGAGGUCGAUAACGCGAACAAGAUCGCGAACGGCUCAAGAACCUGUGGAUGAUUUUGAUGUUGCAACGAACCCGAUACAUGAGAUGACCAAGGUCUACCAACCUCCAGCUCGUCCCACUACAAAACUCGCCAAGCUCUUCAAGAAACUCCAUGAAUCGAGUUUUCUGGUCCGAUAUUUCUUCUACAUUACCCCCAUUACCAUACUGCUCCUCAUACCACUUCUGGUUGGCCUUCUAGUGUAUGAGGACUCUACUGUUGGUGGUGUAAAGCUAUUUUGGUUCGGCAUAUGGCUAGAGAUCGUUUGGUUAACUCUCUGGCUUUCAAGAAUCAUAGCUAAAAUGAUUCCUUGGCCCAUGGGGAUGAUCUCUAGCCUUUUUACAAACAAUGCCAAGAAAUGGAGGGACCUUGGAAAGCAACUCGAAGUUCCCGCUACCCUUUUCUUCUGGUGGCUUGCAAUCGAAAUUUCUUUCCUGCCUACCAUGAAAAGCCACCACCUUGACGGUAAUGAGUCUACCAGGGAAUGGGAAAGUGUUGUUAACAAGAUCAUCGUUUCCGUCUUCGUUGGGGCUAUUUUGAACUUCAUCGAGAAGAUCAUCAUUCAACUUAUCGCUAUCAGUUUUCAUUUGCGAACUUAUGCGGAUCGGAUCGAGCUAAAUAAGUUCCAGAUAGCUAGUCUAGUGAAGCUGUACAUUUACUCUAAGGAGAAGAUCGCGAUGGAAGAUUCGGAGUUUGAACAACGCCCUCAGACUGGACCCUCUGCCGGUGUUCGAACCCCAAAGGUUUACGUAGCAAAAGUGCAGAGGAAUGCUCGGCAUGCGCUCAAUAAGGUUGGCGAUGUAGCCGGACGAGUCGCUGGAGAUUUUACGGGGAAGACUGUCACUUCCAGCACACAUCCACAUCAAGUUGUCCUUUCGCUCUUGGGAUCUACAAAUGGUUCGCAAGUAUUGGCACGUCGACUUUAUCGGACUUAUGCCCAUGAAGAUUCCGAGACUGUCUUGGCUGAUGAUCUUCGGAUGGCUUUCGACAACGAUGACGAAGCCGAUGCCGCUUUCACAAUGUUUGACAAGGAUCUAAAUGGAGAUAUCUCAAUGGAAGAGCUUGAAGCUGUAUGUGUCGAGAUCGGCCGAGAACGAAAGGCCAUCACGGCUUCACUUAAAGACCUCGAUUCCGUCGUCUCCAAGCUCAAUGAUGUUUUCAUAUUCAUCGUCAUUGUUGUCACCAUCCUUGUAUUCAUCUCCCUCAUUUCGACAUCGGCGCAGACGGCCCUGACAUCACUCGGUUCCACUGUCUUGGCUCUCUCUUGGCUGUUCUCCGCAACUGCCCAAGAAUUCCUACAGUCAGUAGUAUUUGUCUUCGUGAAGCAUCCAUUCGACGUUGGUGACCGCGUCACCAUAUACGGCAAUACAGGGACACUCGGAAGAGGAGAUGACUACUUUGUCAAAGAGAUUUCCCUUCUGUUUACCGAGUUCAAGAAGAUGGAAGGGCACGUUGUGCAAGCACCAAACAGUUAUCUCAACACGCUCUUCAUCCUCAACCAACGUCGUUCUGGUGGUCUGGCAGAAGCUGUACCCGUGACUGUGAAGUUUGGCACAACACUUGAACAGAUUGAAGGCCUUCGCAAUCGGCUUCUCGAAUUUGUGACCUCGGAGAACAGGGAGUACCAAAAGAAUAUCCUCACUGAAUUAACCACCGUCUACGAAGCGUACUCGGUCACUGUCAACGUGGUAUUCUUCUACAAGUCCAACUGGCAAAACGAACUCCUGCGACUUCAGCGUCGUAACAAGUUCAUCUGUGCCCUGAUGGUCACAAUGCAAGAACUAGGUAUUGAAGGUCCACGUGUCGGCUCUGCACCUGGUGCGAACCAGGAUUAUCCAAUGUUCUUGCAGGGCAGUUAUCCUCCCCCUUACCAAGCAAAUCCAGAACCCGAGCAGCAGCAACAUGACCCAGGGCCCCGUUCCGGAAAUCUUGCUCGCGAGCCAUCGUUCGUCGCCCCAGCCUCCGACAGUAAUGCAUUCCGCCCAGCAGGUCAAUCAUACCGCCCUCACUCAAUCCUUCGGAAUCGCGGCCCAUCAACAUCUCGCCAACGCGGGGAAUCACUUUCGCAAAUGGGCAAGAGAGUUGAUUUCAGUCUGGGCAUGCAAGGUAUCAGUUCUGGGGCAGACUUCGGUGAUGUCUACGAUAAACCACCACCGCGCAUCCCUAAUCCGGCCUAUGCCAAUCUCUCAAAUUCUCCCAGUCAUAGCCGGUCCUCACGUGAGGGUCGCAGAAGUGAGGAUGGCGAGUCACUGUCGAGGACUUUCUCUCGCGAAAGUCAACUGGGUAGAAUCACGAGUGCCAGUAGUAUCCGGACACACAGAAACCGAUUCCUCGGCAGAGGACGUAGUAAGCUAGGCAGCGCGGAAGAAGGAACAAGCCUGGAGGAUCUAGAGGCUGGAACGCGUGAGUUCAAUCUAGGGGGUAUGCCUGAUAUUCCUGAGACCCCCACAACCAGUAGUCGAGUCGCCUCGUCGAACUUGGAUGAUAAGACGCAGGAGAAGGGUACUGGAGUUGGGGAAACGAGAAGAAGCGUGGAUGAAAACCAGAAGCUUGAUCCGCGAACCGGGCUGCUGAGUUCGCAGGCUGUGGUAGACGACAGUACAGUUGAACGAGGAGACAUACCAAUGGCGGGGCAAGCUAGUGGGAAUGCACCUAGGUAA